GAGGGCCCGUCGCCGCAGUAGCACGCCGACGGCCGCCCAAGACAGCGCCCAGCGGAGAGCGACGGCAGUGGCGAUCGCCGCACAUGAUACCUCGCAGGCUGCCCGUCACGUCUCGCAGGAUGCUGUCGCGGCAACAGUCCGGCUUCUCGCGGUUCGAGGCGGACCUGGCCAACAAGAGCGAGAGGCGGGCCGCCGUGUCCAAGGACCCCUUGGAGAAGCUGCGGCACCUGUGCCUGGCCCGAGGCGUCACCGGCAUCCUGUCCAUCGGCAGGAUCUUUCGGCGGAUGGACGACGACGGCAGCAAGUCGCUGAACCUGGAGGAGUUCACCGAGGGCAUGAACGACACCGGCCUGCAGCUGCCCGAGGACGAGGUCAAGGCCCUGUUCGAGCGCUUCGACCAGGAUGGUAGCGGCACCAUCAGCAUGGACGAGUUCCUGCAGGAGAUACGCCCGCCGAUGUCGGAGACGCGACUAAAGGUGAUCGACGAGGCGUUCAAGAAGCUGGACAAGUCCGGCGACGGGGUCAUCACCAUCGACGACCUGCGUGGCGUCUACUCCGUCAAGGGCAACCCGCGCUACCUGAACGGCGAGGAGACGGAGGAGGAGAUCCUCACCAAGUUCCUGCACAACUUCGAGAAGGACGACGGCAGCUCCGACAACAAGGUGACCAAAGAAGAGUUCGUCAACUACUAUGCAGGUGUGAGUGCUUCUAUCGAUCUGGACGUGUACUUCGACUUAAUGAUGCGGCAGAGUUUCAAGUUAUAGAAGGAUGAAUUCGCCUGCUGGCAGGCUUUCUAAGGCAUCCGUCGUGAUCAUAUUCAGUAUAAAAAAAAUGCACAAACACCAACAUAAUCAAUAAAACUACAAGGGUUGACAAUGAAAAGUGUGACGUUUCUGGUUUUAUACAUUUACUCAUUUAUUUCGCACCUCUUACAACAUGCCGAAAAAAUAUAUUGUAACUAAAAAGUAAACAGUUUUACUGUUUAUGUUUUAUGAAAAAUAGUAUGCAGUUUAUAAGAAGUUUUUUUUAAAAAAAGUGUGUGUUGAAUUUAUUUUAAUGAUAUUGUUAAAUUUAAAUUGAUAUAAUUAAUUUCUUAAUUUGUAAAAUUGAAAUAAAAUAGUGUUUUCUUAACCGUGAA